AUGUCCAACUCGCCUUCCUCAGGCUCGUAUUGCCGGGCCACCACAGAACCCCCAAAAAAGAAGCCAGACCCUGUGACUUCAGAGACAGUGGUGAUCUGGGGGCUGCGUCUCUGGCAGGUGAUUGGAAUCUUUGCCAUCUUUGUCCUGGCAGUCAUUAUCACCCUGUGCUGUAUCUUCAAGUGCCGGAUUCCCCGGACAAAGAAAGAGAUAGAAGCGCGAUACGCUCAACGGCAAGCGGCCAAGACAUACGCAGACAAACUGGAGACUGUGCCACCGCUCAACGAGCUGACGGAGAUUCCUGGAGCUCAGGUGACAGAAGAAAAAAAAGAAGAAGUUCCCACUGUAUCUGGAAAAGUGGACAAGGCGCAGGGCAAGAAAGAUGGCUCCAAAGACUCCAAGAAGAAGGAAAGUGAAAAGGACCAAAAAGAAGGAUCCAAGAAAGAAGAGAAGGAUGGGGCCAAGAAGAAAGAAGGAGAAAAGGGUGCUGGUGACAAGAAACAAGGUGGUGGAAAGAAAGGUGAAAAAGAAGCUGAAGGAGCAAAGUCAGGAGGAAGCACUAAAACUAAUGGCAAAGCUGGUGGGAAUGCCAAAACCCCAGCAAAGAAGAAGUGA